AUGGCAUGCAAAAGAACGGAACAAGAAUGGCGUACUGCUAUUAACGUUUUGAGUUCAGAGUUUUCUGGCAUGGAAGACCAAGUUCUCUCGAUCUUGAAGUAUAGCUACGAUCAUUUAAACAUGGAACAGGUGAAAUCAUGCUUCCUGUAUUGCUCUUUGUUUCCUGAAGAUUACCGUAUGGAGAAAGAGAGGUUGAUAGACUACUGGAUAUGUGAGGGGUUCCUAGAUGAGAACGGGAGUAGAGAAAUAGCAUUAAGCCGAGGCUAUGAGAUCAUUGGUAUACUUGUCCGUGCAUGUUUGCUGCUAGAGGAAGCAAUCAAUAAAGAACAAGUGAAGAUGCAUGACGUGGUCCGGGAGAUGGCUCUCUGGAUAUCAUCUGAUCUUGGGAAGGAUAAAGAGAAAUGUGUUGUGCAAGCAAGAGGCGGGUUACGCGAGAUACCAAGAAUCAAGAACUGGAGUGGCGUGACAAGGAUGUCCCUCAUGGAAAAUGAGAUUGAGAUGGUCUCUGGCAGCCCUGAGUGCUCGAAACUCGCAACUCUCUUCCUUCAGAAAAACGAUUCGCUGAUACAUAUCUCGGCUGAUUUCUUCCGGUGUAUCCCAAUGCUCGUUGUCCUGGAUCUUUCAGGGAACUCAAGUCUCCGGAAAUUGCCGGAACAAGUAUCAGAGCUGGUCUCCUUACGCUAUCUUGACUUGUCAUGGACAUACAUAAGGCGGCUACCUCUCGGCUUGCAAGAGUUGAAAAAGCUCAUACAUUUGAGGCUGGACUACAUGAAGAGACUCAAGAGUGUUUCAGGGGUAUCAAAACUGUCUAGUUUGAGGAAACUGCAAAUACUAGAGUCUAAAAUGUCGCUAGACAUGAGCUUAAUGGAGGAGUUGCAGCUCUUGGAGCAUUUACAGGUUCUUAACAUAAGUAUCAAGUCAAGUUUGGUUGUGGAGAAGUUGUUAUAUGCUCCCAGGUUGGUGAAAUGUCUUCAAAUUUUAGUACUUAGAGGGCUUGAGGAAGAAGAAUCAGCUAGAGUGUUGGCUUUGCCAUGUAUGGAUAGUCUCCGUAAAGUCAUCAUAAGGAAGUGUGGAAUGUGGGAGAUAAAGGCAGAGAGGAAGACUUUAUCAUUAACUCAAGGCUUCCAAAACCUCUCUAGUGUGCAUAUUAGUAGCUGCAGUGGUCUGAAGGAUUUAACGUGGCUGUUGCAUGCUCCAAACCUUACUAGUCUCAUGGUUCUAGACUCAGAAGUAGUAGAAGAAAUAAUAAGCCGGGAGAAAGCUAUGAGCGUUAAUAUCAUUCCUUUCAAGAAACUAGAGAGUCUGCGCUUACAUAAUCUAGCUACGUUGAAGAGCAUAUAUUGGGUGCCUCUGUCUUUUCCAUGUCUAAAGACGAUCCACGUAACAGAGUGUCCGGAGCUGAGGAAGCUUCCGUUGGAUUCUCAAAGUGUCGUUAGGGUUGAAGAGUUUGUUAUUAAAUACAAAGAGGAAGAAUGGUUUGAAAGGGUUGAAUGGGAUGAUGAAGCCACUAGACUCCGUUUCUUACCUUUCUUCAAGUUCUUUGGACCUGAAUGGCAUGUUACCUUUGUGCGGUAG